AUGAAGGUGGAGGAGCCAGACCUCUCCAUGGAGCUCAUGAGCCAGCUCCAGCGCCAGCUGUCGGCCCUGGAAGCCGGAAGCUUCAAGGAGGGGCAAUCCGCAGAAGGUGUGGGGAGAGCUCAGGCGAAAUUCGCGGACGGCGCGGCAUCAGAGAUCGUUUCCUUGCUGCGAAGUUUCAACCCGGAGUUGGCGGAGGAGGAGCUGUCCAGGGAUGUGCACAGCAUCAUCCACACGAACUCGGUGGUCGGGCAUUUGCAACCGUCCAACCUGCAGGCACUACGGGAGUAUGUGCCGCUGGACCGCCGUGCGUGGCUGGGCCCCGACAUCCAGCGGCACUUGGCGAGGCAGCGGAGGCGCCGGCCCUUCCGUGAGGCCCUGCAGAUUUUUCAGCGCCGGCGCCGGCGCCUGGUGAAGGACAGCGAGCUGCCUGCCACGGCCGUGGGCGCCGUGGGGGGCUGCGCGCUGGGCAGCACUGGGGGUGGAGCGCUGGGCAUGUUGGCGGGCAGCUACUUCGGCGCCUUCUGCGGGCUGGUCCCUGCGCUCGUGACCUUCGGCAUGUCAGUGCCGGUGGGUGCCGUAUUGGGCGGCGCCGCGGGCCUCGUGACCGGUGCCGCCGCUGGAGGCACGGCUGGGGCGCUGGGUGGCGGCUUCUUGGGCCGCACCGCCUAUGCUCAGCAGCUCUUCCGGAGCGGCGCGGAUUGGGCCCUCAGAUUCACAGGCAAAGGUCUGACCCAAGCACCCGGCACCGGCGGCACUCACUAG